CGCAAUGCGACCUUACGUGGCAUCGGCAGCAGUUACUCUUGGCAGAGGAGUGGAUGUUCUUCGUUUAAGUGUAAACAUUCGAGUGAAGAUAUUAAGUUUUGUUAUGAUUUAAAUGCGUUUAAUCACGUAAGUGGGCAUUUAGAAACUUAAAACAUACGAUAAUUCUCUCAUUCUACUGAUUGUACUCGAAUUCGCAAGACAUAACUAACGCAACGUAUAGGUUAUAUUACAACGUAAGAAAUGUCUGGGCCAUCCAUUAAGGGACAGCAGUAUCCCCCUAUACCAAGACCGCCAAAUCCAGGACAUCACUAUUCUGAACCGGCUAAUAUUAAUGCGCCACCAUUAUCUGGCCAACCAAACAUGUUUCCACCACCGUUAUCGAAUCAACAGAAUUAUAGUAAACCACCGCUUACCAUGAUGGGACAACAGAAUUUUUCUGGCUUGCAACCGUCUGGGUAUCAAAUGCAAUCCAACAUUCCACCUCCGAUGACAAAUACAUCUGGUCCGCCAAAACCUCCUAUGUAUUCUAUACCACCUACUACUCACGGACAAUUAUCGAACUCUCCUGUAACAAAUCAGCCUCCAAAAUGUCUCAGUCCAAUGUCGCAUAACAAUCAAAAUAUGCUAUCUAAUGCUUCUGCUUCGUUGUCAUCUAAUAGUCAAAAUUUAAUGUCUAAUACGGCAUCAGCAAUGCCACCUACCAGUCAAAAUUCAAUGUCCAAUGCUUUGCCACAUAUGCCGCCUAGCAGCCUAAGCAUGAUGUCUAAUAUUUCGGCAAAGAUGCCUCCUAGUAAUCAGAACGUUAUGUCCAAUAUGGCACCGCAAAUGCCACCAAGUAAUCAAAGCACUAUAUCCAGUACUUUGGCUCAAAUGCCACCGAGUACUCAAAGUAUGAUUCCUAAUACUAUGGCACAAAUGCCACCAAAAAAUCCAAAUCUGAUCAAUGCUUCGGCUCAUAUACCAACACAAAGUUCUCCAAACAUGAUGUCUAAUGUUUCUCAUCAAAUACCACCCAGUUCACAAAAUUUAUUAUCUAAUUCUGGGUCUGAAAUGCCAGCCAGAUCACAGAGCAUGAUGUCUAAUACUGCUCCUCAAAUACCACCUAGUUCACAAAGUCUCAUGUCUAAUUCUGGGUCCGAAAUGCCACCCAAAUCACAGAGCAUGAUGUCUAAUACUGCUCCUUCAAUGACACCAAGUUCACAAAGUUUAAUGUCUAAUUCUGGAGCUGAAAUGCCACCUAGAUCGCAGAGCAUAAUAUCUAAUACUGCUCCCCAAAUGCCACCAAGUUCACAAAAUCUAAUGUCUAAUUCUGGGUCAGAAAUGCCACAGAGAACGCAAAGUAUGAUGUCAAAUACUGCUCCGCCAAUGCCACAGAGUUCACAAAAUCUUAUGUCUAGCUCUGGAUCUGAAAUACCACAAAGGUCACAGAGCAUGAUGUCAAAUACCGCUCCUCCAAUGCCACAGAGUUCACAAAAUCUAAUAUCUAAUUCUGGAUCAGAAAUGCCACCCAGAUCACAGAGCAUGAUGUCAAAUACCGCUCCUCCAAUGCCGCAGAGUUCACAAAAUCUUAUGUCUAGUUCUGGAGCUGAAAUGCCACCCAAAUCACAGAGCAUGAUGUCUAAUACGACAACACAAAUGCCACCUAGUUCAACAAAUCUUAUGUCUAAUUCUGGAGCUGAAAUGUCACAGAGAACGCAAAGUAUGAUGCCUAAUAUUUCGGCACAAAUGCCUCCCAGAUCACAAAAUAUAUCUAAUACUUCGGCUCACAUGCUACCAAGCUCACAAAAUAUGAUGUCUUGCACUAUGGCUCAAAUGCCACCAAGCUCACAAAAUAUGAUGUCUAGUACUAUGGCCCAAAUGCCACCAAGCUCACAGAAUAUGAUGUCUAACACUAUGGCUCAAAUGCCACCAAGCUCACAAAAUCUAAUGUCACACAAUGCUCCACCUUCAAUGCCACCUAGUUCUCAGAACAUGAUGCCAAGUGCUUUGGCUCCAAACCAUCCUCCUAUGUAUCCUGUAGAACAAAGCGGACAAAGUCAUAUGCCACCUUUACCUGGUUAUCCUUUGCCAAAAUCAGGACGAUAUCCUACUGCUCCUCCAAUGUCUGGGCAAGCAAUAACAAAUCCUGGUCUUAAUCGUCCAAUGCCUUCACCUAUGACCAACUAUCAACAAGGAGGUUAUCCUCAACCGGGAUAUCACAAUCAAACGGAUAUGUAUGCAAGUCAAAGAAAUCCUUAUCAAAGCGGUCCGAUGGGUUCUACAGAAAGUUAUCAACCAGGCAUGCAACCACAACAAGCCAGACGUUUAGAUCCAGAACAAAUGCCAAGUCCUAUACAAGUUAUACAAGAUGAUCAAUGUGCAAAAGGUGGUGUGUUUAUUACAAAUCAAAUAGGAUUGGUUCCACCAUUAGUUACUACUAAAUUUGUAACACAAGAUCAAGGAAAUGCUUCCCCCAGAUAUAUUAGAUCAACAAUGUAUACUGUUCCCACUAAUGCAGAUAUUUUAAAACAGACUAUGGUCCCUUUUGCUUUAAUAAUAAAUCCAAUGGCACGUGUCGAAGAAGGAGAAUAUGAACCACCGAUUGUAGAUAUGGGAGAAAUCGGCCCAGUUCGUUGUGUACGAUGUAAAGCAUAUAUGAGCCCAUUUAUGCAGUUUAUUGAUGCUGGACGUAGAUUUCAGUGCAUGUUUUGUAGAGCCAUAACUGAAGUUCCAGCUGAAUAUUUUCAACAUUUGGAUCACAGAGGUCAACGUAUGGAUCGUUAUGAAAGACCUGAAUUAAUGUUAGGAACAUACGAAUACAUUGCUACAAAAGAAUAUUGCAGAAAUAAUGUUCUUCCAAAACCACCAGCAAUUGUAUUUGUGAUCGAUGUUUCAUAUAAUAUGAUUAAAUCAGGCUUAGUAAAUUUAUUAUGUGCAGAGAUGAAAUCAAUAAUAAAACAUUUGCCGGUCGAUGUGGAUCAAGUUAAAUCAAAUAUGAAAGUUGGUUUCAUAACAUACAAUAACACAGUACAUUUUUAUAAUGUUAAUCCUUGCCUUACUCAACCACAAAUGAUGGUUGUGGGUGAUGUCCAAGAUGUAUUUAUGCCCCUUCUCGAUGGAUUCUUAUGUGACAUCGAUGAAAGCGAAGUUGUUAUUGACAGCUUAAUGGCACAGAUACCUGCAAUGUUUGCGGAUACACGUGAAACGGAAACUAUUCUUGCACCAGCGAUACGAGCUGGACUUGAGGCAUUGAAGGCUUCAGAAUGCGCAGGAAAAUUAAUAGUAUUUCAUUCGUCUUUACCUAUUGCCGAGGCACCAGGAAAAUUGAAAAAUCGAGAUGAUCGCAAGUUACUUGGUACUGAUAAAGAAAAAUCUGUAUUAGCUCCACAAAACAACGUUUAUAACAAUUUAGGACAAGAAUGUGUCGAUGUUGGAUGUAGCGUUGAUCUUUUUAUUUUUAAUAAUUCUUAUGUGGAUAUAGCAACUAUUGGUCAAAUAUGUAGGCUUACUGGAGGUGAAGUUUAUAAAUAUACGUAUUUUCAAGCUGAUGUUGAUGGUGGCAGAUUGGUAUCAGAUAUUAUUACCAAUAUCAGUAGACCGAUUGCUUUCGAUGCGCGUAUGCGUUUACGUACUUCUACGGGUGUUAGAGCUACUGAAUUCUAUGGACAUUUCUUCAUGUCAAAUACCACGGAAAUGGAGUUAGCUAGUAUAGAUUGUAAUAAGGCUGUUGCUGUUGAAAUUAAACACGACGAUAAAUUAGCGGAAAACGAAGGUGUAUAUAUACAAGCGGCUUUAUUAUAUACUUCUUGCGGAGGAGUUAGACGAUUACGUAUUUUAAAUCUCAGUUUAAAAAAUUCUUCUCAAAUAACUGAGUUAUAUCGUACUUGCGAUCUAGACGCUAUUGUUAAUUAUUUCUCCAAACAAAGUGUUUUUAAAUUAAUCGAAUCAACACCAAGAGUCGUCAAAGAUAAUUUGAUUUCAAGAUGCGCGAACAUGCUUGCAGCUUAUAGAAAAAAUUGUGCUAGUACGUCUAAUGCCGGUCAAUUGAUAUUACCGGAAUGUAUGAAGUUGCUACCAUUGUACGUUAAUUGCAUAUUAAAAAGUGAUGCGAUUACUGGUGGUUCAGAUAUGACUAUAGAUGAUAGAUCAUUUGUUAUGCAAGCGGUUGCUACAAUGCCUGUUUCAAUAUCUGUUGUUUACAUGUAUCCCAGAUUACUUCCUUUACAUGAUAUUGAUCCGGAUAAUACAGAACUACCACAAAUGUUACGUUGUUCUUUCGAUAAAUUUACUGAAGACGGAGCUUACUUACUUGAAAAUAGUGUGCAUAUGUUCUUAUGGUUAGGCGUAGCGCUUUCUCCAUUAUGGGUGAAGGCAGUCUUUGAUGUAAUAUCUGUAAUUAAGGUUGAUACAGAUCGCACUUCACUGCCAAUAUUGGAUAAUCCAUUAAAUAAAAGAAUAAGAGAAAUAAUUGAUCAAGUAAGGCACGAGAGACACCGUUGCAUGAGGUUAACGAUAGUAAGACAGAGGGAAAAGUUAGAGAUGGUAUUACGUCACUUCUUAAUAGAGGAUAGAGGAAAUGAUGGAAGUCCGAGUUACGUUGAUUUCCUUUGCCAUAUGCACAAAGAAAUACGAGAGCUUCUUAAACCAUAAAAAAUUGAUUCGACAACGACAACAGCAACCAAAACUGGAUUGUAUAUGUUACGUUUUGAAAACUUCUAUUAUUCCGCGUACGUCCAGCUGUGAUUCUUGUCAUAAGAUCUUUUUUUUUGUGCCAAGGAUCGAUUCGAGAUCACGAAAAUAAUUAUGGGAUUUGAUGAAAAGUUAGUGAGAAUUGUCACGCAUGAUAUUUUAUUGGUGUAAUCGUGUGUGUUGUAAAGAAAA